AAACUAAUCGCACGCAUCCACUGCCACAGCCUUCUAGAUCAUGAUUUGCCACUAAAGUCGCAUAAUUCCACGGGGUUGCUCGCUCGAACGGGGUUAAUUUUGCACUACGGCACGCAGCAGAGCAAAGAUGUGUUUAUUAACCAGACAAGGCGAGCAAAAACUUCGAGCAUGCAAACACGCAAACAAAAGCUAACGCAAAAAAACGACGCCGCAGCUCUCUUGCGGGUUUCGACCCGCCUUUUGAAUAUACCCGGCGAAACCAACUAAAGUGCUCAACGUCGAUUACAAAAGGCUCGCCCCGGAAACAGUGCCAAGGUGGUGCGUUUGAAAACACGCUAACAGGGAUUGGCCGUCAUAUUGUUUACAGGGGGCGCGCCAGCGGCUCGGGCGGGCGCUUAUUUUAGAUUUUGUUUUCACUUUCGGACAGUUGCUUCUCCCUUCGCUUCGUUCUCGGCCCUGUUGGUGUUCUUGUGCGAGCGAGCGGCAAUUUUUUCCACUGACAAAAAGGCGGGGAGAAUGAAUAGUGAUGCUGCAACGCCGGCGUCAGACGCUUUCGUGAAGAAAUCCCUCGUGUGCUUUAUUCAGCAGGAAACCAGCGAAGAUGCGGCAGACAUGAUUGACGAAAUUCUGCUUGCCUAUGUUGUGGGUAUCCUGGAGUCCGACAUAGCCGAGGAAGGAUUCGACGUCUUGGAGUUCAAGGAAAUGCUUUCUGCUUACAUCCCAAGUUUCGACUCAAUAUCGGAUACAAAAAUAUCAUCUUGGGUGGGACUGCUGUCCGGCAAAGUCGGAAAGCACACAGAAAAAAAAAGAACUGAAAGCUUGCUCAUUUCACCAGUCAUCUCCCCAGAGAGCAAAACAUCCAACAAGUCGACACCUCGGUCCCGAAACACGAGCCAGUCGGAAGAGGACAUUGGGAAGCCAAACCGUAUAGCUGUCUGUGAUGAGUCUGAACUGUGUGACGGAACCACCUUCCGCACGCUCUGCGAGAUGUUUCCAGCCGCUUGCGCACUUGAGGUUCGACGCUGCCUUAUGGUCGCCGGUGGGGACACUGAGGCUGCCGCGCAACUGUUGCUUCAGCGCGACGCAGCGGCGGAGACACUGCUCUCUGGACCUGCACAUGGCUCAGCAAAUCCACGCAGGGAUACUUCGUCACUUCCACUUGGUGACAAGGAGCUCAGGGAACAGAUCUUGACAAGAUAUGGCUACAUUGAUCAAGAUGAAGAUGAAAAAGAGCAUAGGCCUGUUGCACCAAAGACUGAGCCAAAGAAGCUCAUCCGUUAUCGGGACAACAAGAUCGUCAGCGUCAAGGGCGAGAAGUAUUCAGAGGUGAAACGGGAGGAGAGUGACGACAUGAAGCGAACCUACGUCACUCUAAAGCCAGCCCGGCAAUAUAGGUUCCACUAGGGUUACAAACAUUUCUCCUUUGAUCGCUUUCGCGUGCAGACGCGGCUUAGAAGCAUGAUGACCAUGUGACCAAUUGGUGCUGCUGCUGCUGCUGCCAACAAUGCUAGGAUGCUCGCUGAAGGUUGACGCAUACGCACUGUCUUUUUCUGCAGAAGGCAAAUCCAUCUGGUCAGAAACAGAUGAACCAGAAAAUUGCCUGCUGCACAGAUGGAGCAGACGGCACUGAGUCUAUUAAGACAGAAACAGGCGGACUGUCUGGUUUUUGCACAGAUGACGCAUAUGACAGGCUGUCUGUUCAUGCAGAAACAGGCUAAUUUUCUGGACUGACUGUUCCUGCCUCAUGCAGGUGCUCUUUUGAUUUAAUGCAUAGGAGGGGAGCUGGCUACUCUGCAUAAUCUUGUGUCACGCCAUGCUGGUUUUGCUUGCAGGGAAUGCUGUGAAGUCAUUCUGUGCAAAGCUGGCACUGUUCAAAACAAAUGGUGAUGUGCAGUCGCCCCCAUCUUGUGUUGGCAAAGCGAAUAGCAAAGUACAGUUCAUUCUGAACUGGUUUUGGAAGUGCUCGUGAAUUGAAGAGAGCUCACAGUUUGCUUUGUCAAUGUGCUUUUGGGAUAGGCAGGCCCAGUGCAGCGAGUGCCAGGUUCAUUUUGUGCAGGCACUGAACUGAUGUGACACAGCUCGCGAGAUGCGGGACGAACUGUACAAAACCGUGUGCUGGAAUUUUUGUAGCCAUAGGUUUAACAUGCAAAGAACAGUGAGUGAUUGCCGCUUCAUUAGAAAAGCUUCCUCAAACUCAAAGCUGUCUUGAAAUUUUUCGAGCUGCAAGGAACUGAUCAAGAGCAGUUCUGAACAUAGCUUUACUCCUUGCAAAUGCAAGAAAGUUCAAUUUCAAUUCAAUUUACUUCCUUGUGGCUGCAAGAUUUACCCAAAAGAAACGAAGCUUUGUGUGCCAUUAUUUAAAUAACACUUCAAAAACAGCACAGUCCUUGUGCUAGCACAAAAAACAUCUGCUUGGAGAAAUGUUUGGUGCAGUAUUUGCAGACAGCUUUCUAUAGCUGUACAGGCAGGCGUAAAGAUUAUUUUGUGCAUGUAUCAGUGCACAUUGGCUAGGCUGGCUUGACGCCUCUUUUGGCCUGGAUUGAGUUUCAUCACCUGCAGCACAACUGAAAGGAAGAAAUUGCCAUCCACCCAAGAGCAGCGCGAAGCUAUAAAGGAAACCCAAUGAAUUUCUCAAAAAGAAAGCCUUGCAGUUCAAGAAAAACUUGUCCUGGUCUAAAGAUUGAACCCGAGACCAACGUCUUUCCGGUGUGGUCUCUCUACCAUCUGGCCUAACGGGGAGGCUGGCAGACUGCAGAGAUAGGUCAAAUUAAGUGACAACUCGAAAGGCGAGGACACUGAAUAUGGCAAUUGAGUUCUAAGCAAACCUGCAAGAUGGAGAAAGAUUCAUGAAAGGGACUAAUUGCUAUUCACGAUAGUGGCAUCAAGCUACAAAAUAAAUAAACAAAUAAACUGGUUCUGUCUCAACUAGAACAGACUUAUUUAUCCAUUUUUCAACUGUGAAGCUUUUUUUCUGAGAAAGUUGUACGGGGGUCCUUUGCACCUUAGUGCUAUUGUCAGGUGGACGACAAUUUUUCUCCAUUUACCUUAAGUGCUACCGACAGUACAUAAUUUCAAAUUCAGUAUUUAUUAAAAGUUGAAACCCAAUUUUGAACUGCUACAUCGAGCAGUGCUUUCACACAUGAAUUUUGAUUUCCAUUUUAUAGCCUCAUGUGUAUAACCACAGAAAGUUGCCCAUGAGUAUGGCAUCUGCUCAACGACUGCCUGUGAAUUAGUCCAAGCGUUUUCAGUAAGCGUUUUAACUUACAGAGGAACAUUAAAUGCUCCACAUUUGGCUAAGCACAAGCUUGAAGCCCUGCUUCUAGAAGCCCUUUUGAUCUCACUUUACCAAAAAUGUUCGCGAUGAACACUGAAAAAAUUUGAAUCGUCUCUUGUUUGUGGCGGAACCUCUCUACGACCACCCUAGGCUUGCUUAGGGCGUGCACUGCGCUUCGCUGACAAUGCAUUUGUUACUGUUAUCGACUUUGUGACCACGAAGAAAUGUGAACAAUCAGUUACUUAGCUUUAACGGCAUGUAAAUAAUACGGGAAAAAGUGUGCUAGCGUGUUGUAAGAACUACCAUGCUCACCAAAAAUCUCGUGUUCCCCUGUGAGGCACACUUCAAACUUGCACCCAUUUUAUAGUUCCAGUACUACUUUUUUUUUUUAAAGUGGGUGUACCGUCUGUUGUUGUCAUGUUGGAAACUGAAUUAUGCAAAGGCUAGUACACGAGUGUUGACAUGUGCAAAGCACGUGUGAGAACAAAGGCGCAUACAGCAGUUGUUAGAUUUAUGGCCUGAAUGUGUAUGUGUUAACGUCACUGUAUCACUGACAUGUGGUCAAACCUGAUUAUGCUGAAGUCUCAUUCAACAUGAAAAUUUUUGCUAGCUCA